ACUUCUAUAAUCGUAGUUCAAAUUUUAGUUACCAGUUCAAUUUAUGCAGUCAAACAUCAGUUCUAUACUUUAUACGUAUAUGUGCACUUCUUAUUAUAGGCAGUCGGAGAAAUAUACACAGCUAACAUAAAGUAUAUACUUAUUGACAGAUAUAACAUGAACCAUCCCAGAUCUUACGAAAUGAACAGCGGUAAACCGCAUACGAGUUACGAGCAAAGACCGCCUGCCGGGGGAGUAUUGCAGCCUCACGUGAUUCCGUACACACAGACACAACAACCAACUGGUCAAACGGUGGUUGUAGUGCCCUCCCACGCAGUGGCCGCAAACUAUGUCCAAGACUACAUGGGUUUAUCAAUAUGUUCCUGUCUUUUUUGCUUUUGGCCACUCGGAUUAAUCGCCAUUGUCAUGUCUUGCUUGGUUGGACCAAGCAGGAACGAGGGAGAUUUUCAUUCAGCAAAGCAGUAUUCAAAAUGGGCAAAAUAUUUGUCGAUUGCCUCAAUUAUAGUGGGCCUUAUUUUAAUUAUUACUGUGAUUGUUAUCGUGGUUGCUUCGGGUUCAACCGCCAAUACCCGGAAAAAUUAACAAGAUAUAUCACGAACGUCGUACGCAAGACUGCAACCGGUCAAAACGACACUGUCGAAAUGUUGUUAGAUGGAAAGCUUUUAAGAUGUGUUAUAGCUAACUACACCACAAAUUCUGUCGUGCAAAAAAAAAAUUAAAAACACGCCAUUAUUCCACUGCAGACUGCACUGCAAGCUUUGGCAAUGAAUGUUGUAAUAUAACCCAUA